GGGAGCCUGCCCACCUUCUAUCAGCUUUUUUAUCGUUGGCGAUCACUAAACCGAUGAGACCCUAACCUCUGCCCUCUGUCUCUGUACCUCCAGGCUAUACACGAGAAGAGAAGCCAAAGUUAUGGAGUGUCGCUAAUACUUCUCUCUAUAAGAAGACGUUGAAAACCCCCCAAAGUGACGGACCCUCUGCUUGCCGCCCCGUUCAACGCUGUUGUUGUAUGGGCAGACAGCAGCCCAACAUGGUCCAUCAUGAACCCAAUUCGCUGCUCUCGUCCUCUAUGGGCAGCUUCUCGGCCCGUUAAUAUCCUAUCCAGAGUCGGAACGCGGCAACCCCACCCUGCGCAGCCCAGCCGGGCAUCUCUAUAUCGUCGCGGACGCCUAGGCGGCGCGCGGUCUUUCCACCUGGCGCCGGCCGCCUUCGCCGUCGUGCAGGGGUCCCAGGAUCUGAUCCUCAGCAUCCACAGCCUCACCCACACGCCGUGGUUCCUGACGAUUCCGCUGGUGGCCCUCGGCGUGAGCCUCUUCGGGCGGCUGCCCUUCCACGUCUACACGCGCCGGAUCGAGCAGCGCCGCCGCAAGUUCAACAUCAUCCUGCAGGCCUGGGUCGGCCGCAUCGGCCGCGACAUCCAGGCCGAAGGGGUCCCGCCCGAGCUGCGCGAGAAGGAGAUGACGGCCCGGUACAAGCGCACCGUCACGAGGAUCUACCGCGCCCUCGGCCUGCAGGAGUGGAAGCUGUACGCCGGCAUCCUCGGCUUCCCCUUCUGGAUCGUCGCCAUCGACAGCGUCCGGCGGCUGUGCGGCGGCCCGCGCGGCAUGCUCGGGUCUCUCCUCACCGGGCACGAGAGCGACACCGCCGCCACCAGCGCCCACGCGUCCGCCGCCGCCGACGCACCCGCAGCUUCGCCCGCCGCCCUGCUGCCCGACCCCAGCAUCGCUGUCGAGGGUUGCCUGUGGUUCCCGGACCUGACCGUCCCGGACCCGUACCACGUGCUGCCGGCCGCGCUCUCCGUCGUCAUGGUCGCGAACCUGCUGCCGAAGACGCGCGCGGGGCUGCGGAAGCUGUACGGGCUCAACCCGCCGGGGCCGCCGCCCACGACCCCCAGCGGCGCGCCCCGCCCGCCCGUCGUCAGCACCCCCUCGACGCUCCGCCGGAACAACGUGCAGCACUCGCUCAUCCUCGUCGCCGCCCUCGCUGGUCCCCUCACUGCCGGCCUGCCCGCCGCCCUCCACCUCUACUGGCUCUCCUCCUCCGUCGCCGCCUGGGCCACCGCCCGCGCCCUCGCCCGCCUCAUGCCCCUGCACGGGACCACGCUCCAGCGCUGCACCGGCGUUGAGAACUUCGCCAUCCGCCCGCGGCCCCCCAAGAAACCGCCGUCGGCGCAGGCCACGCGCUAGGUGGCUGGGAGACGAUGACGCAGGGAACGGGGGCCGGCCUGGCGGGGAAGAUACCCGGACCGACACGUCGUGGAUCUAGGUAGUUUCAUGCGGUUCGCGCGUGGACGCACAUGUAUAUAUAUGUAGGUAUGUAGCCGAGUUAUCGCAGGAACGCACACCUGCAUUCUGCCGAUUUACCACCUAU